CUGAGGAAAUGCGAUGGGGGAACCAAACCGCCAUAACCAAAUUCAUUCUUGUGGGGUUCUCAAAUCUCCCACACCUGCACGGCCUACUGUUCUCUGUGGUUCUGUUCCUGUACUUAGUGACAGUGACUGGGAACAUCCUCAUCAUCCUCAUUAUCACAGAGGACUCUGCCCUCCACUCCCCUAUGUACUUCUUUCUCAAAAACUUAUCCUUCUUUGAGAUCUGUUUUACCUUAGUCACAGUGCCCAAGAUGCUGGUCAACCUCCUGGCUGACGACAAAAGCAUCUCGUUUUUUGGGUGUGCACUCCAGAUGUUCUUCUUCUUCUUCUUUUGCUGUUCAGAGUGCUUUCUCCUGGCAGCCAUGGCCUAUGACCGCUACGUGGCCAUUUGCAACCCACUGUGCUACACCACUGUCAUGAAUCAGCAGGUCUGCUGGAGGAUGGUGGGAGGGGUUUGUAUGCUUGGAAUCCCUGUUGCCCUGCUUCAAGCAGCUUGGCUUUUUAACUUGCCUUUCUGUGGUCCUAAUGUGGUCAACCAUUUCUUUUGUGAUGGACCACCAGUUCUGAAACUGGUUUGUGCUGACACCUCUCUUUACGAGAUGCAGGCCAUGGCUUCCACACUUUUGUUCCUCAUACUCCCAUUCAUGCUAAUCCUGAUCUCCUACAUCCGCAUCACCAUCACUAUUCUGAAGAUGAAGUCAGCUGAGGGCAGGCGCAAAGCCUUCUCCACUUGUUCCUCACACCUCAUUGUGGUGACAUUGUUCUAUGGGAGUGGCAGCCUGAUGUAUCUACGGCCCAAGUCCAAAUACUCACCGGAUGUAAAGAAGUUCCUGUCUUUGUUCUAUACAGUCAUCACACCCAUGCUGAACCCCAUCAUCUACAGCCUGAGGAAUAAAGAGGUGAAGUUAGCUCUGAGGAGGAUGCUGGAGCGGAAGGUAUUCUCAUGGAAACGUGUGCGGAGAAGAUAAAGGAGUUGGGGGCAUGUUGAAUGAUAGCCUCUAGUUAGCGGCUUAGGACCCUAAACAACAUGGACUUCCUGAGGUCUCUGAUUUGGGCAUCAAUCAAGAGGACAAUAUGGCUAGAGUACUCGUGAUCCUGUUGGAGAAUUAAAUAAUUCUUUAAAAGGACAUUGCUUUAAAAUUAAAUUCCCCGUUCUGAUUCCCCCAAUACAGACACAGUCAUACUCAGGUGAUGUGGUCGGUGCAAGUGUUGAGGAAUCCUCCUGUUGAUUAUGCUGUACUUCAGUCUACUAAACUGCAUAGCCUAGCUCUAUACCCAGACAUUGUUCAGAGGCACCUAAGGGUGCUUGUUCAUGUGAUGGGAGUUUAA